AUGGCAGAGCUGCACAGCUCGGAUGAGGAGGAUUGGGCUGCAUUUGCAGCCCAGUCGUUGGAGGAUGGCCGAAGGGAGGAAAGCUUGCAGGUUCUUUCGCAAGACACUUCUGAAGCAGACGCAUGCAGAAGUAGUGCCUCAGAUGAGGGUGAUGAUCCUGUAGACAUGGCCGCUCCGUUCUUUCCACCUUCGCCGGAUGAUGAAGAUGUUCCGCUGAAGCCCUACGACUCAGAUGCAUGGUGGGUGAAGCUGCUCAAGACAUGCACAGCAACCAGAAAGCCAGGUGGUGUGCCUUUAUCCCGGCGGGUGACUUUGCUGAGUGCAUGCAGUGGUGGCCUCACCGAGGCCUUUGCACUCCAGGCGGGUCGCCAAGUUAGGAUCGGCCAAGAGGCUAUCAAACAUCACGGCUAUGUCGGCUAUGAACUUGGGAUCGACUUCGACAUCAUUUCAGUGUCGGAGCCGUGUCGGGCCUAUCGCGAGUUCUGCUUGGCAAAUCACGAGAAUAUUGCACAUGUUCAUUUGAGUAUGGCAGACCAGAUCCAUGGGGCAGCUUGUGAGAGGCAUUGCCAUGCAGAGAAUUGCGUGAUCCAUUGUGAGCCAAUGCUUGCAGUCUUGGGUACCCCGUGCCCUCCUUUCUCAGUUCAGAGGGCAAAGCGGUUCAAAGCUGGCACAGUGCAGCAGCAUAAAGCAUACAAGACAACCUUCGAAUCGGCGCUGCUGUUCCUGGAGACGUUUAACCCUGUAACAGCGGUCCUGGAGCAAGUUACAGGGUUUGAUCAGUUCGAGACAGCUGGAGAUACCAUGACGCCGUUGGGAAGGUUCCUGAACAUGCUGUCGGAAGCCGACACCAAGCACGGCUACUAUGUCUCCGUGCAGCGGUUGGACUUGGGCAUUUGGAUGACGAUUACUCGACAAAGGCAGGGUCGAGAGUCAUUUCUGGGUCGUGGUUGGAGCCCGGUUGGAAUCAAGGGCAGAACAUGGCGCAUUGACAUAGAGUUAGAGUCAGAGGAGUGUAGACCGGUCGGCCUUUUUGGCAGCCAUGCAUACAGACGCGAUUUGAAGGCAGCUGAAGAAGCACGAGCAGCCGAGCUUGCAGUGGCACCAGUGGUGCCGAGCAGAGGGCCACAAGGUGCUGCUAGGGCAAGGGCUGCAAGGUCUGCCAAAGUUAUUUCUCGGCAGCAGUCUCAGCAGCUGGAUUCGCAGCAAGAUUCGUUGGAUGAUGCAUCUUUCUUGGGUGGUCCUGCUUUGCAGUCGCAGUCCCUGUUGUCCAACUAUCGAAGUAUCGGGUCCGAUUUGCAGCAAAAGCUCCUGUUGGAGGUGACUCGAAUGACUCGAAGCAAAUCUGCAGAGGCCGGUCCACCGACAUCAAGCACUGCCUAUGUUGAGAAGCUCCUUCAUAAGCUGCGGCCGCUGAUGUCCUUCACAGCCCAGGCGGUUCAUGGCGAGACCGACAUAGACGAUAACCGCCAUAUGGCAAAGACUAGCUUGUUGCGCACUGCGGCGGCGAUCAUGGAUGGAGCCAAAAUCAUGUGUGGAAGUUUUUUCUGUGCCGUGCAGGAUGCCCUGCAAAGUGGAGGGGAACUCUUGCUUCUGGUCAAAAAGCGCCGCUAUGAUGAGACACCUUUAAGGCUACGUGCCAGAGCAAAAGCGGAGGAUGACGAUGACGAGAAGGCCAAACCCAUGAAGGUUGUUCAAAGCGAGAUGUCCGUGGGUGUUUUGAUGCAGCGACAUGACAAAUUCAUGUUUGUCAAAACUGUGCUACCGAGCCAAUUGCAUGUUGCUGAUGCGGUCACUGCCGAGACGCUCAUGGAGUGUCAGCAGAGCCUGGAAGACAUUCCAGAGUUGGCCCGGCUGGCACAAAAGGCACGGAUGAAGCUGCAGCUGGUAGUAACAGACCGUGCUGCGUCGAAUAUCAAAUGUGAAUCUGGUAUUCAGCUGAAUGAUGCAACGUGGACAAAACACCACGUGUUUUGCAAAGUUCACAAAGUUGCACAGCAACAGUCGGCAACAUCGAAACUUUGUGAUGGCCAUAUUUCAGGUUUGGUGAGCUUGGCUGUUGGCAUGCAGAUGGCAGGAAGCACCAAUAAAAUGCGCAAAUGCUUGGCGGCAGUGCUUCGGAAGCGUCUGCGGCACAUAUAUGUGGGCAGUCCUCCUCUGGACCCGGCCAGAGAUCAGUUUCGCAACGAGGUUUAUGACCUCUGCUUGGGUAAGUGCUGCACAAGGGCUGACAGAGCUGAGCAUGAUGCUCAGCAAGCCAACAGGCUCAGGCAGAAACAACGCCUUGUCUUGGAGCAUUUUUUUCAUGGAAGCGACUUUCGACAGCAUCGCUUUGACCUCUACAUUCCUCAGUAUCGACCUGAACAAGAAAUCCUUCAAGAGCUGGAGGAACGCCUUGUGCCCUGUUUGCUGCCGUAUAGAUGCCCAAUUUUCCAUCGCAGCCGAUGGACGGGUGGAGACCUUGCAUUAGAUUGGAUGCUUCUCCUCAGCUUGACUUUUGACUUGAUGUCUGAUGUGGUGCCAAUGUGGGCCUCCGGUGAUUGGCAAUCCUGCCCAGCUCCGGUUGAUGAUGCAGGAGUCGCAAGAGCUGAUGAGGACGACUGGGAAACACUUUGUCAGGACUUGGUUGCUUCUGGACAAUUCAUUGAAGGCGGGCAGCAGCAGCUACCUGGAGAGGCAGAAGUAGCUUCUGACAAACUCAGUUGGGCCGAAUUCAAUGCUGCUAUGAAGAAGAAGGCAGCAGAGUUUGCCAGUCGAAAACCGGCUGGGGCACUGGUGCUUCUCAGAUCGGUCAUGGAAUUGAACUUCAAGUUACUAUAUCAUGCGCUGCAUGUAUCUUCGGAUGAAUGGCAGAACGAGCAAGCAGCAAAGGCUUCCAACGUUCCUUGCAGUCGCAUCUUGGACGAGUAUGCAGGCAAACAUGCACAUGAAUUUGCAGAUCAGCUUCAGGAAGCUUUCAUGUCCGUGGCAAAGGCUAUCCCGCCGGCUGCCUGUGCAAGGAACAUGAGGACUCUCCACUUCAGGUUGCUUAGUCGAGCAGGUGCUGUGCAUCACCAACUCAUGGAGCGUUUCAGAUGCGGUUUCCCCACUCAGAUGUUUGGGGCCUUGCUUGGAAACACCAGCCUUUUGACUGCCAAGGCGUGCCUGCUGGAUGAGCUUUCGACAAAAGUCCGUGAAAUGUUUGGCACGGAAAGCUUGCUGUGCAGUGGCGAGGGUCGGGCAGUCUUGAUGUCGAUUGCUGAGCUUUGGGAGCUGGACAUCGCGGCCAUAGAGGCAAAGCAUGCCUCGAUACGCAGGGCAUUGACUACUCGGGGUGUGCAGGCACCUCAGCCUUUUCUGUCAGUUGUCAGUGCCGACUUUGUUGUGCAACAAGCUGCAAGACAGAAUCUACAGCGCUCGACAUGGCAGGCUCAACAGUCUGCAAGGCUAGGGCGCUUUUCACGGCGUCAGCAGCAGCAGCAGCAGCCAUUGCUGCAUGACUCCCAGGAUGCUGCUGAUCAUGCUGCAGAUUCUGUUGCUUCUGGCACACACGAGAAAAAGCGCAAGAAUGCUCCCCAACCCGGCGGUAAAUGGAAAGCUUUUUGUGCUGUCAAUGCAAAAGGCAGACAAAUCACAAAGGCGGUUGCAGAAGAGUUGUCCGAGCGGUACCAUAGUUUGCAGCCGGAAGAGGAUGCUUUUUACAAGGAGUUGGGAGAUGCCGCCAAAUUUGCUGGGUUAGCUGGACACAAGCCGUUUCCAAAGCAGGCUGCAGCCCAGAAUGUGCUUGUUCCAGCCCAUGUGCCUGAGCACUUGAACUCAGCCUUGUGUGCUUUGGGUUCGGACUUGCGCAAGCAAAGUGCACUUCGAGUGGCCCAGAGCAGAGAAAUUCAGGAUUCGCUUGCUGAGAUGGCUCCCUUUCAAAAGCUUUCUGAGCAGCACAUGCAAGCUGUGCAAACAGUCUGUGACAUCAACGAGACCGACCGGGAGCAGUUCAAGCGGGUUUCUUCCCAAGAGGAUGCCAUGGCUAUGUUGCAGUGGAUACCGCCAGUUGCACCGUUUGCAGAGGUUGCACUUGCACAUCCUGGUUUGCGGUCCCGCGGCACAGGUUCUGGGCUUAAAACUGCCCUGUCAGAAGCCUGGGAGAAACGCCACGACAUGAUCAUCGAUGAGAGGUUGCCGAGAAUCAAAGAUUCAGAAUUGAAGGAUUUGUUUCAGCCCAAAGAAUGCCAUCGACUUUCCAUGUGCAUCUGCUGUGGCAGAGGCCAGCAGGCGAAGUUUUGCCAUGACAAGCUGGUGCAACUGAUGAAGCCUUUGCUUGCAGUUAAGAAGCGGAAGCGUGGUCCGGACAACAAGUUCAUCGAGAAAGAGCCCGAGAGAACCCGUGCUCGGAUGUUGGCCGAAUCCGGCGAGCUCGUUGUUUGCUUGUCGCAAGUGGCAGUGGACGAUGAGGAGAACCUUGCACCCAGGCAGGACCAUAGGCACCAUCUUCCUUUCCCGUAG